AUGGCAGUUGUUUCUGCUGUGGCCCUAUCUGGACAUAAGGAGGAGCUGGGGAGGAGCAAAGGACGCUUCCGUGGAGGCUCUCCUUCCGCCCGUGGAGCCGCCCCGCCGCCACGCUGCCGCUUCCUGAAGGUCAGGAGGGCCCUCAGAUUCUUCUUCCACCUCGGCUCAGGACCUGUGGAGAUCAAGAAAGAAGAAGAGGGGAGAGCUUCUGGAGGCUGGCUCGGUUCCGCUGGUCUGGAACAGGGGCUGAUCCUCUGCUGCUCCUCAGGCUCCACACCAGGCCACUGCUCCUCCUCAGCCAUCAUCGGGGGAAGGCAGGGGGAGGGGCAGCGGCUGGUUCUCACUGGGCUCCUCUGUGACCUGGCUGGGGAAGAAGAGGGAGAGGAGAAACAGGAGGGGAAAGAGGGGCACGAGGAGGAGCUCACUUGUAGGUCAAGGAGAAGGGAGGUAAAAGGAAAGCCAGGAGGAGACACAGGAGGAGAUACAGGAGGAGAUACAGGAGGAGAUACAGGAGGAGACCUGGGUGGAGACGAUCCUGAAGAGCUGGCUGCUGCAGGGACCCUCCUCAAGAUGAGCCUGGGGCUGGACCUGUCUGGGUCAGAGACGAGGACGGAAGUCCAGAAGAAGAAGGAGAGCUGGGAGAAGUUACAGACAGGGACCAGGGUGAUGAACCUCCUGAAGAGCCAGCUGCAAACGGGAUCCUCCUGAGGAUCACCCUCGGGCUGGACCAGUCCGGGUCAGAGACGAGGUCGGAAGUCCAGAAGGAGAAGAAGGAGAGCUGGGAGGAGUUACAGGCGGGGACCAGAGUGAUGAACCUCCUGAAGAUCCGGCUGCAGACGGGAUCCUCCUGAGGAUCACCCUCGGGCUGGACCAGACCGGGUCCUGGACGAGGGUGUAGGCCAUCCUGAGUAGAUGCUUCUUCUAAAGACAGAAACAAUCCCAAAAUGUAAACAUCUAAUAAAUAGUGAAAUAUUUUUUUGUGGAAGAAAAGUCCUCACAUCCUUAAACUGAAGUUAUGACCAACAUUCAAUCCAUAAUCACACAGCCACAUCUAUGAGUAUUUGCAAUAAAAGGACUAUGUUGACUUAUUCUGAAGGCA